UGCCACUUCCCGUCUGCAGGAGGCGCCUGCGAUGACGUUUUGUUGACAUACGUCACAGAAAUGCGACGGCCGAACAGAACGGUUGUAAAUUUUAUGCGUGACGACCACCAGAAUUCCUUUGAAAACAUAGUGGAAAGAGAGGAGUCUUCGACACCUAGACACGUCUUUUAAAUGGUUGGAUAGUAGCGGACCAGGAGCUGCAGCAGGGAUGAGGAUCCAGCUGCAGGGUCCCGGCCACGCCGCCAGCCUUCUCGCUCAGCUCAACAGCUGCCGCCAGUCUCGACAAUUCUGCGACGUGCUCCUGCAAGUCGGCAACCGCAGAUUCGCGGCGCACCGAGCGGUGCUGGCCUGCGCCGGGACGUACUUCCGUAACCUGUUUGCCCGGGCUCCCUCCUCGCCCACGGCCGCCUUCUCUUUGGAGUUCAUCUCCGCGGCCAACUUCGAGAAGCUGCUGACCUUCGUCUACACGGGGGAGAUUUUGACUGACCUCAUCGAUGUCGGCGUGCUGUACGAGCUGGCAGAGAGGCUGGGCGUCGUUGAGCUGGUGCGGGCCUGUCACGCCACCUUCCCCGACCUGCAGGCCUCCGCGUCCGCGGACUGUAGACCGGGUAGUCCCGGAGACCUCCCCCCGAACUCCAGCGUGGUCGCCGCCGCCGUCGGCGCGGCUUCUGCGUCCUCCUCCUGCUCCUCUCUGUCUUCGCCGGCGGCCCCGACCCCCGCGGCCGCUCCCUCGCCUCUCUUCCAAACCAGGGCCGCCGGGUCCGGCCACGACGCCCGCCCCGGGGCUCUGUCUCUGGACCUGAAGGAGGAGGACGUGCAGUCCCGCGUCGGCUACGGGCAGGUGGCGGCAGGUCGGCGAACACCGGGACGACGCAGCCUCUCAACCGGCGGCCUUUCCGGCCGCUGUGAUGGCGCGCUGCCUGCGGGGCCUGUUCUGCAGCUGAAGGUGGAGCCGGGCCUGGGGGUGGACGAAGGCGGCUGCGAGGUCAGAGACACAGGUGGGCAAAAGGUGUCCCGUUGCACAGGAAGCAGUCCGCCUCAGAGCUGCGGCGAGGCGCCGUCUGACCCCUGCUCCUUCCCGGACUCCUCUGCUCAGCUCGGAGCCGAGGCCUGCGCCCCGACGUCGUCGUCGCGAGAGACGUUAGGCGGCCUGCGGGUGGUGUCCGUGGAAGGCGGCAUGGUGGAGGUGCAGAGGGACGGCACGCAGGUGUUUGAAAAGGUGGAGGAGGGAGGUGUUGUGGAGGAGGAGGAGGCGGAGGAGAGGGAGGCUCUGAAAGGAAACGGGGCCAUGGAGGGAACGGAGGAGGACCAGUGGAGACAGCUGGCAGGGGAGAUCAUCGAGCUGAGCGACGACGAGGACUUCAUGGAGGACGAGGAGGACGAUGAUGAGGACGGGCUUGUGUACGUGGAGAACGGAGGCGGCGGGGGCUCGAGCAGCCAGGUGACGGGGAACAUGCUGCCGUGCAAAGCCUGCGAGGUGCUUCUCCCGGCGGACCCGGAUGCCAUCAGGAGACACGCGGAGACCCACCUGACGGAGCUGGGGCUCUGCAGAGUGUGCGGGGCCUCGUUGCCGGACCGGGACGCCGGCGUCGCCCACUCGCUCUCCCACGUCGGCGUGCAGCUCUUCGCCUGCGACAUGUGUCACUCGCAGUUCUGCAGCCAAAACAAACUGCUGCGCCACCACCGCCAGGCGGCCUCCGGUUACACGAUACCACAGGUGGCGCUGACCAGCAGCGGCCAGAGCCUCGGCCCCGAACUGCAGUGCGCCGUCUGCGCCAAGACCCUCAGCAAGGACUUCCAGGCGGUCAAGGACCACCUGCUGAGCCACGUGUGCCCUCAGAGCCUGAGCUGCGGCGUGUGCCACCUCCCCCAGCUGUCCUCGUGCUCCCUGCUGUGGCACGCCCUCUCCCACCUCUCUCUGCCCGUCUUCACCUGCCCGCACUGCGCCCGCUGCUUCGUGGAGCGCGCCAUGCUGGACCGCCACAUGGCCGCACACGCCGAGGAGGCGGCCGCCACGGAGCGGGAGCAGUUGGCACUGCGGGCUCACCGGGCCGGGGGGGGCGGGGCGGCGGGAGAGGAGGAGCUGCAUUGCUUCCUGUGCCCGCAGACCUUCCCCUCCGCCUCCGCCUUCCAGUACCACCUCGGCCUGCACACCAGCGAGUCGCUGGGGGGCGCGGGAGGCGGCCGGGCCCACGGCUGGCUGGGCAAACGCAAAGCCGACCAGACUCCGGAGUGCCUUCCGUCUUCCUCCUCUCAACGGGAGGCGGGCAGCCUGGUGAAAAUGAGCAGCAUGGGGCUGGGGAUGAGCUUCAGCGUGCCGGAUAAGUUUUUUCAAGGGGCGUCACACGUCGUGCCCCCCGGGGCCCUGACCAACGGGAACUCGGGGCCAGACGGCGGGGUCGGGGCGGCCGGCGUCCGCGGGAAAUGGUACCGGUGCCGCUACUGCGGUAAGUGCUUCGCCCACUCGGGGGAGUUCACCUACCACCUCCGCAUCCACACCGGGGAGAAACCCUACCAGUGCAAAGUGUGCCUGCGCUUCUUCCGCGGCCGCUCCACCAUGAUCUGCCACCUGAAGACGCACGCCGGAGCCCUCAUGUACCGCUGCACCGUCUGCGGCCUUUUCUUCUCCACGCUGAAAAUGGUGUCGUCACACAUGGAGCUCCACACGGACCGCCUGCCGCCGGACUUCAACAUCGAGCAGACCUUCAUGUACAAUGAUCACUCUAAAGAGUCGCUGCCCAAUGCGGACGGCUGACAUGGGCGCCCCCCCCCCCCAACCCCUCCGUCCCUGUUACCUCUCUGACACUUCCUGUGCGUCUGGUUGUCGUGGACCACACACUGCUUAGAAUAGAGUUGGGCUGAAACUAGUGGUUGUUUUCAUCACCCAUUUACAAGAAAAAAAUGUGUUUAUUCAUCGUUUAGUGUGUAAAAUGUCAAAUCUUUGUUGCUCCAAAUGACCGAAUUUUUUUUUUUUUGCGUCUUCCAAAACCCAAAGAAAUUCAGUUGGUAACGAGAUAAAGAAAAGAUUUGUUUGUUUGAUAAACAGAUUACUUAUCGCUCAUCCACAGGCGUGGACCUGUAGGACGUAGUGGACAUUUUACGCAGUCAGAUGCGGUUCACCGAGUCGACCUCUUUGAACUCCGAUGAGAAGAAGCCACUUGGUGGCAGUGUAUCCUGCGUCGGGGAGAGAAGGGAAGCUGGUUGACCGUAACGCAGAACUCAUUUUUAUGUCAGUGGUUGAUCAUUAUUAAAGUAACACCGCCAUCAUAGCAUAGAAAUUAUUUUCCUAGAUUUGCAGCCACUAUUUUCACACUUUUUUAGGUCCGGAAGAUUUUCACUCCAGAGAUAAAUGACCAGUCACAUCAAAUAUUGAAUUGAAUUGGUCAUCUAAACAUACAAUGGUUUUAUUUGUUAUUGAAGAGAUGUUUUUAUGGAUGCUUUGAUUCUAACACACAGUCACAUGUAGCUUUAAUUUGUUAAGAUCAGUUGUGUUCGCGGAAAUUAUUUGUGCCCAUCACAAGUUUGUGUCUUACCUCAUAUUUAUGAUGGCAGUAUUUAUUAUUUGAGUGCGUUUAUAUGUUAACGGUUUCUCAAGCUGUAUGAAUGAAUUGUUCAUGAAAAUAAUUAAAUAAAUGCCUCUCGGAAGACUGUUAUCAA